AUGCUUCACAACCUAGCAUCCUCGCUCAUAGCUGUAUUGGCUUUGUCUCAAUCCGUGCUAAGUUUCCCUUUGACUAGGAGAUUAGACGACGGCGCGGCUCUUCGGAAUGUACAAUAUGUCCAAACUUUCACAGACCGGAGUGGUAACUGGUUCAACCUGACUGAUCUCGUGACUCAAAACACCGGUCUCACACAUUUGAUCCUGGCGUCAUUGCAUUUAGACAAUCCGACGCAAAUUCAUCUGAAUGACAAUGAUAUUGAGUCUGCGUAUUGGGACCCCUUGUGGCCGAUGGUAUCAUCUCUUCAGGCUGCGGGAGUGAAGGUUAUGUUGAUGAUGGGCGGUGCUGCUCGAGGCAGCUAUGCUAAUCUGCAAAAUGACUUCGACACUUACUACCCCAUCAUCUUAUCCAUUCUUAAAAACCACAACCUGGACGGCUUCGACAUGGAUGUCGAGGAGAACGUCUCAGAAUCCGUUCUCCUCAGACUCGCUCAACAACUUGAUGCCGACAUGGGCAGUGAUUUCAUUCUGACCGCUGCGCCUGUGGCUCUAUCCAUGUCCAACGGCGGAAACCUGGAUAAUGUAAGCUGGCCUGCACUUGAUCAAGUAGCCAUCAGCUCAGAACGACCCAACGGAAAGUUGUUCAAUUGGUACAACACUCAGUUUUAUGAUGGCUGGGGCAGUGCUGCUACAACUGAUUCAUAUGAUACUGUUAUCAGUGCGGGCUGGGAUCCGAGUCGAAUUGUUUUGGGAGUACUUACUUCUGCUACUGCUGGUUAUUCAUGGCAGCCGACUUCUGUAUUGUCAUCAACGAUUACUAGCCUCAAGGCCAAAUAUGAGCACUUUGGUGGUGUUUAUGGCUGGGAGUAUGGAUUGGCGGGAGAAACCGAUGGCGAAACUCCAGUUCAAUGGGUGGCUUCGAUAGGCAGAUACUUGGCUGCAGAGGCUAGUGAUGACUGA